UUGUCAAAAAAUGCAGAGCUUGGUUAGCCGUUGUACUGUUUUCCCUCACAACAAGCCAAACCUAAAAAUGUAUAGCAAUUGCUUGUAUUUGUCAAACAGAUACUCCUCAGUACAAUGUGUCGUGGUUCCUAAUAAUGUGAACUACAAAGUUGAGGAAGAAUAUCAAUACUCGAAUUUGGGUCUGGAAAAAGAAUUGAUUCCAAAACAUGUUGCAAUAAUAUUAGAUGGAAGUAGGAGGUGGCUUAAGGCUCAUGAUAAACCUCUAACUUAUGAGCCUUUCUUUCAAUCUAAUUCCCUCUUUGCUGACCUUUGUCUCAAAUGGGGAGUUUCAACCGCCACCACUUUUGUAUAUUCUUACAAAAACUUACAACGAGGCCAAGAUUCCAAUGAUCUACUGUUUGGGCAGCUCGAAAGAUAUCUAGAGAAUAAUCUGGGAGAUUUUAUCAGGAAAGGUAUAAGAGUGAGAAUUAUAGGAGAAAGGUGGCUACUACCAAAAUCAUUGCAAAACAUAAUAAAACAAGUGGAAGAUGAAACGAUGAUAAAAAAGGACACAAGGCAGUUAGAGUUGAUGUUAGCAGUAUGUUAUUCUGGGACAAGAGAUAUAUUGGAAGCUACAAGGAGCAUUUGUGAAAAGGUCAAGGCUGGGUUGAUUGAACCCAAUUCCAUCGACGAGGUCUUGUUUGAUCAAGAGCUAUGGACUCGUGGUGCAUCUCACCCUGACCUGCUUAUCCGUACCGGUGGUCGCCUACGUGUCAGUGAUUACUUGAUGUGGCAACUGGCCCAGUCUGAGUUGUAUUCCACCCAACUUUGUGCACCUGACUUUGGAGAAGUUGAGUUCCUCCAAGCCUUACGCUCCUUUCAGCAAAGGGAAAGGACAUUCGGAAAGUGAUCUAUCAAUUGUUCUAGUUUAAUAAUAAUAAUAAUAAUAAUAAUAAAAUAAUAAUAAUAAAAUAAUAAUAAUAAUAAUAAUAAAAUAAUAAUAAUAAUAAUAAUAAUAAUAAUAAUAAUAAUAAUAAUAAAGAUAAUUAUAAUAAUAGCCCAGAUUGUAUCUCGGCUCCCCUCCAACUUCUUGUAGUUCACUUGAUCUUUAUAGCUUGUUAAGCUUGUAACGUUAUUAUUAUUAUUAUUUAAUAAUAAAAAUAAUAAUAAUAAUGAUGAUGAUAACGUCCAUUUAUGGGAAUCCAAUUU